GAAGUUUCAAGGUUUGCAGAGCCUUACAGCCCGUCUUCGCCAUCAAGACACUCUCUUCUUUCGGCUUUUCUGAGGUCUAAAGUUCCCUGUCAUCAUGUCCGACACAGAGGAUGUUGGGGUUGAGGCUGAAGAGGUAGUAGAGGUAGAGGUAGCCCCAGAGGCAGCUCCUGAACCGGAGCCUGAGCCUGAGCAAGAACCAGUGCCAGAGCCAGAGCCAGAGCCAGAGCCAGAAAAACAGCCAGAACCAGAGCCAGAGCCAGAACCAGAACCAGAACCAGAGGUGCAUGAGGAAGAGGCCUAUGAAGAGGAAGAGGAGAAGCCCAAGUUCAAACCAAGUGCACCAAAGAUACCUGAUGGGGAAAAGGUUGACUUUGAUGACAUCCAGAAGAAGCGCCAAAACAAGGACCUCAUUGAGCUGCAGGCCCUGAUUGAUGCCCACUUUGAGCACAGGAAGAAGGAAGAGGAAGAGCUCAUUGCCCUGAAAGACAGAAUCGAGAAACGUAGGUCCGAGAGGGCAGAGCAGCAGAGGAUCCGUGCUGAGAAGGACAAGGAGCGUCAGGCAAGACGUGAGGAAGAGAGGCUGAGGAAGGAGGAGGCUGAUGCUAAGAAGAGGGCAGAUGAAGAUGCCAAGAAGAAGUCUGCCCUGUCUAGCAUGGGCUCCCAGUACAGCAGCCAUCUGCAGAAGGCUGAUUCAAAGAGGGGAGGUAAGAAGCAAACUGAAAGAGAGAAGAAGAAGAAGAUUCUGGCAGACAGACGCAAGCCUCUGAAUGUUGACCAUCUGAAUGAGGACAAGCUGAGGGAGAAAGCUAAAGAGCUGUGGGACUGGAUGUACCAACUGGAGGCUGAGAAGUUUGAGCACAUAGAGAAACUCAAGAGGCAGAAGUAUGAGGUUACUACCCUGCGUAUGAGAGUGGAGGAGCUCAGUAAAUACUCCAAGAAGGGCGCCGCUGCUCGCCGCAGAAAGUAAGCGUUCAUGGAGAAAUCUACGCUCGUGGUCAAGACAUGCCUGCUCCCUGCGUCUCCGAGCUCGGCCUUCAAUCACCAGGCAUCUCUGAUCCCACCCACCUUUUGCAGUUUACCAGAGGCUGUCAAAGGCGAUCUUCCUCACCCUGCGUGACAUUAACACUGUCCGGUCUUAGCAGUAGUUGCAGUAGGAACUCCCCCCCCCCCCUCCCCCCUUGCUGUGUCUUUUGGUUCCCACCUUCCGUUUUUGUAAAUAAUAUUUGGCUCGCCAGCUUUAUCUGUUGCAUCUGGCAGUUCAAUAAAGUUAUUCUUCAAGACUGAUAAACUA